AUGAACUCCAUCCUGCCAGCCCUCCUGAGCCUCACCCUCAUGCUGCCCCGAGAGCAGGCCCUGAUCUGUCAGUCGGGAAGAUUGCAGACUGUGAGGGGAACAUCAGAACUGCCCUUGAAGUGGACAGGAGGCGAGGAAUUCUGCAUGGAUGGAUGGGGUUGCCAAGAUUCGCUGAUGCUCAUUGAGAAUGGACCCCAAGUGCUCCUAAUUCUCAUCAAGGGCUGUACCCAGAAGGAGGAUCAUGAGGCCCGUGUCACCCAGCACAGGAAAGGCCCUGGUCUCUCUGUUGUCUCCUACACCCAUGUGUGUCGCCACAAGAACCUCUGCAAUGAUCUCUCCACCACCCAACCUGUCUGGACCCUGCCCACCUCUGCAGUCCCAGGGUCCGUGCGGUGCCCAGUCUGCUUUGCUGAGGAAGGCUGUAAAUCUGCAACAGAGAUGACCUGCCCUGUUGGGCACACGCACUGCUACAAUGGGACCCUGCAGCUCAGGGGAGUUGGCGUCUUAACUGAUCUGCAAGUCCAGGGAUGCAUGUCCCAAGCAGCCUGCAACCUGCUUAAUGAGACUCGGGAAAUCGGGGCCUUGUCUGUGAAUGAAAAGUGUGAUUCUGUUGGAGUACAGGCCCUGAUCUGUCAGUCGGGAAGAUUGCAGAUUGUGAGGGAAACAUCAGAACUGCCCUUGGAGUGGACAACAGGCGAGGAAUUCUGCAUGGAUGGAUGGGGUUGCCAAGAUUCACUGAUGCUCAUUGAGAAUGGACCCCAAGUGCUCCUAAUUCUCAUCAAGGGCUGUACCCAGAAGGAGGAUCAUGAGGCCCGCGUCACCCAGCACAGGAACGGCCCUGGUCUCUCCGUCGUCUCCUACACCCGUGUGUGUCGCCACAAGAACCUCUGCAAUGAUCUCUCCACCUCCCUCCCUGUCUGGACCCUGCCCACCUCUGCAGUCCCAGGGUCCGUGCGGUGCCCAGUCUGCUUUGCUGAGGAAGGCUGUAAAUCUGCAACAGAGCUGACCUGCCCUGUUGGGCACACGCACUGCUACAACGGGAUCCUGCAGCUCAGGGGAGUUGGCAUCUUCAGUGAUCUGCAAGUCCAGGGAUGCAUGUCCCAAGCAGCCUGCAACCUGUUCAAUGAGACUCGGGAAAUCGGGGCCUUGUCUGUGAAUGAAAAGUGUGAUUCUGUUGCUCGUCUGACCUGUGAAAAUGGGGUCAUGUCUCAGAUGGAAGAAAACCUGGCUCAGAACCCCCUGCCUUGGGAAACAUUUUCGACAGUGACAUGUGAUUUGAAUGAGGUGUGUCAGGAGACACUGCUGCUCAUAGAUGUAGGACCUAAAGCACUCAUGGUGGGGAGCAAAGGCUGCAGCAAGACUGAGACACAGAAUUCCAAGACUAUCUCCAUCCACUCGGCACCCCCUGGAGUGCUCGUCGCCUCCUAUGCCCAUUUCUGUUCCUCCAAUGGGUGCAACAGGGCCACAAGUAGCAGUGUCCUGCUGAACUCCCUCCCUCGUCCAGCUGCCCCUGCCCCAGGAGGCCUGCAGUGUCCUGCCUGUGUGCAAUUCGGUGGAUCCUGUGCAAACUCUGUAAAUGUCACGUGCCCUCCCGGUACCACUCAUUGUUAUAACAACUACCUCCAACUCAAAGGAGGUGGGGUGUCCGCUGUAUUUAGCAUUCAGGGCUGCAUGGCCCAACCUUCCAGCUCCUUGUUGAACCACACCAAAAAUAUUGGGCCGUUCAUCGUAAGUGAGGGUCCUGAGAAUGAAGAUAAUGAAGUUGAUUAUGAAGAUGAUAAUGAAGAUAAUUAUCGCCUAAGUGGGGCUGUUCCUGUUCACUGCCUGGCUUGGGUGGUGGGGCUGGGACUAUCCCUAACCCUUUGGUGUGGGAUAACCUUCCCACUGACUCCAUUUACCCAUGAUUUUUCUCCCCUGCUGACCCCCUAAAUACAGCCCUCCUUCUGACUUCAUAACCAAACAGAGUUGUUUUUCCAUCUUCUCUGUGAAUUCUCAUCCACACUCACACACUUUGUGAUCUAAUAGCAAGAUUUGGAAGAGCCUGAGAGCAGCUGCACUGUUCUUACAGCCACAUGUAUCUGAUAAAUAAAGAAAUCAUCUUUUUUCC